AUGCAGGAAUUUUUAUAUGAACUUUUAAAAGACGAUGUCAGUAGUGAUGUUUUUAUACUUGGGGAUUUUAACAUUGAUUUGGCUGUAAAAAACCAGGCAUCAUUAUCGUUUUUAAAUCUUAUGGCUCAAUUUAAUUUGCAUCCAAUUAUCAACCAACCGACUAGAAUAACAUCAAGCCAUUCGUCAAUGAUCGAUAAUGUUUUUACUAAUUAUGGCAUCGGCGGCUGCCCUAAAGGAAUUCUAUACAGCGAUGUUUCUGACCAUUUACCUAUUUUUCUUUGCAUACCAUUGAAUGCUAAGGCUGUCGGUGGCAAAAACCCUUACAUUAAAACCCGUUUGAUUAAUUCUGAGAACCUAAAAAAAGCAAAUUGUUUAUUACAGAAUAUCCAGGGGAACAUGUCUGAUUACGGGUCCGAUUUUGAAUCAAAUUUUAAGAAAUUCCUAAAGACUUAUUUAAACUGCAUCAAUCUAGCUUUGCCAUUGGUGAAUAAAAAAAAUCGCUUCCGAAGGCCAUGGAUGAAUAUCGAUCUUUAUAAUCUUUCCUUGUAUAAAAAUGUUCUUUACAAAAGGCAUCUACACAAUCCAUCCCCUGCAAAUAAAAAUGCAUAUAAUAAGGUUAAAAAUAAAUUUAUAAAUGUCAAAAGAUUCACGGAAAAAAAAUAUUUUGAAAAUAAAUUAAAAAAUCAACCUGGAACAAAACACAGAUGGAGGAUAAUUAAUGAAAUUUUGGGGUCAAAAAAAUCAUGCAAUAAAUUGUUCUCAAACGAUGCCAGUGAAACUGCUAAAUUGAGCACCGUUACAGGGUUGAAUAAAUUUUUUGUUGAGAUAGGUAAAAAUAUCAAUAAAAUUUUAGGCGAUGGUCAGUUGAUUUCAAAUGUCGGUCCAUAUGUGGUUUCUAAUAACCCAAUAUUUAUUCCACGAGACACAACUCCGGAUGAGAUUGUCUCGGUCAUCACAUCGGCCACCAGACAACAUGGUAUGUUGAUGUCAAAAAAAGUUAGAACUUCUACUUACGAUAGAAGUUGGGUUGCUAAGGGAGAUGUCUUCCUUAAAUUGCUCUGGCUCGCGUUCCUGUUAGGUUCGACAUCUUACAUGGUGAAAUGGUUGUACAUAUCGUUAACAGAUUAUUACACGUACCAUAUUAUGACAGAAUACGGAGAGAAGAUUGGUAAAAGAAUAUCAUUUCCAGAUAUCACUUUGUGCAAUUUGAAUCCUUUUGCUAGAGGCGAAUUGAAUGAGUUUUCUCUAAAUCAAUUUUUGAAAAAGUUGGAUGACGUUGAACAUCGCUUCUUCGAAAUAACAAAAUAUGAUCCCCACGUGUUCAGAGACGUUCUCCUCAAAUCCGUAAAAGAUUCCUUCAAAGAAAUGGCCUCGGUGGCUGGUUUCAUAAUUAAUACAAAUAGAGAACUUAUGGACUCAGACGAUUGCCCAAAUUUUAUUUUUGAUUGUCAUUUUUUUGGCAAAAAUUGGCUUGAAAGCAGUAAAAAACACAUUUACAAAACGCUGGAAUGUAAACUAUUACACUUGCUACACGUUGGAAACCAACAGUGUUCAAGUGAGUGUGCACAGUCCUGGAACCCCUCCCGACCUCAAACGUGGCUCCUGACACUGAAAACAUCGUGGAAAUUGUUGAAACUGACAGAAAACGAAUAUUUGAAAAAUAUAUGCAAUUGUCAGACGCAUCUAAUCAGCGCAUCAGAGAAUGAUUCAGACAACGUGCUGUUUUGUGGCAACUUCAGUUUCAUUGAGUCCAUCGUCAAAUCAGUUCUGUGUUUAACUUAUUCAUUCGUCUGGACCCAAAUGAGCACUUUCGGGAAUGUGAAAACAAGAUACAGCAAUCUUUCCAAUUAUUACAACGAGUACAUUAAAGAUAACAUCACUAAAAAUCCAUUCUUAAGUUCAACUCAACUGAAAGAAUCUCUGCUUGAAAUAAAAUUUGUGAUGAAACAAAAUUUUCCAUAUUUUCAAACGGAUAAGCCUGCUUACACGAGCGACAUGAUGAUUGGAACAGUGAGAGGAACCCACUCCCUUUGGCUGGGAAUAACUGUUGCGAGUGCAGUGGAGAUCGUUGAGCUUGCGUAUCUCCUGUGCAAACGAUGCUGGGAAAAUAUAUCAAGCUCAACAAUAGAAUCAUUGACCAUACACACACUAUUUAUAACGGUGCUGACAACAGACGAAAGAAUAAACAUUCCUCAUCUAAACAUUGCAAACGAAUUGUACACCAACGAUGAUUCCAAGACAGAAACAAACGGCUGCGGUCAUCGUAAGUCAGGUAAGGUAUUCGUACGGUCCUUCCAAGCCGUUCUGUGUUUACAUUUGAAAUGA